AUGGGUAAAAGAUUGAGCGACGACGCUAUGUCUGAUAGCGGAGAGUCUUCCGACAGCGUAUCUAGUUCCGCAGAAUCAUCCCCGGAGGAGUCAAAUGGGAAGCGCGCAUCAGAAACGGACGAUUCGAGUUCUGCAAGUUCUGCAAGUUCUGGAUUGGAAAGCGAAGAUGAUAGCUCGAGUACGACUGAUACCGAAGACGAGAAAUCCGAUUCCUCAGAAAAGAAAUCAUCAUCUAAUCUAUCAUUUGCUCCUCCCAAGGCUUUCAAGCCACCGUCCGGAUUCAAACGCGUCAAGGAACAGUCUCCACCGUCGUCGUCGGUUUCGUCUCUCCUAUCCAAUCUGCAAGGGAAGCAAGUCUUCCACGUUACAGCUCCAGCAUUCCUACCGCUCUCAGCGGUUCGAGAGGUGUCCCUAGCAAAGGUCAUGCGUGGCGAGCCGGUCCUGAACUACAAAGGAGUCGACUACGGGAUUCCGACGGAAUCGCAGCAGGAACACGGCGCACAGGCACUGUUGCUCUACAAUAAAGAGACGGGUACAUAUCAGAGCGCGCCUGUCAGAAACAUCCCGAGUUACCACGUUCAGGAGCUAGUCAGCCUGCCUAGUGGUUCGCUCGUUCCGCCGACAGCAGCACAGGAGUCAAGUAACGCUCCUCCACGACAGCAACCUAAGCAUAUGAAGAUGCGCUUCCGUCCCGUUGGAAGUGUAUAUGGGCCCCCGGAGACGAUCGGGACGAGCUCGGAGUCGGAGGCGGAGGAGCCAAAGUUCAAGUUUCCAGAGAGGUUGAAGAACCAGCAUGAAGAGCGCAAGAGAAAGAACCUACCCAUAGAGGAUAGUGGGAAACAGACGGACAUGAACGGGUCCGCGCGGAAGAAAUCGAAGAAACAUUCCUCCUCGCAGGACUUGCAAUCAUCUCAAACGGAUCCCGUCGCAUCGUCGCAAGCAACUUCUCAAGAUGCGCAGGAAGAACGGAGUCGCAAGGACAGCAGCCACAAGCACAAGAAGUCUCAUAAGCACAAGGACGAAACCAGUCAAGAACGGAAAGCCCGGAAGGAAGAGAAGAAAAAGAAGAAGGCUGAGAAGGCGGCAUAG